AUGAAAGAUGAAAAUCCUCUGAUAGUUGUUACUGACCCAAAUGAACUCAUCGUCAUGAAGCAGAAAGAAAACGUUUUCGACCCCGGCCAUGCUUGGUCAAAGCAGAACUUUUGCGAGUUCCCAACUUUGGGAAAAAUUCAACUUCGGGUUAUUCAAGGAACAGAUUUAAUGGACACCGACCUGAUCGGAAAAUCUGACCCGUAUUGCAUCGUCCUCUGCGGCCCGAAUAAAUUCGAAACGAAGCGAGUUCCCAACGAUUUGAACCCAAAAUGGUCCGAGAAAUUCGACUUCGACUGGCAUGGCGAAGAGUUUUUGCAAAUCGAAUGCUGGGAUUUUAACAAACUUACUCACGACGAUUUUCUUGGCUCAGUCGAGAUCAGUAUUCAAAAUUUGCUUUCGAAGAACUCAUCGCUAUCUGAUUCUGGACUGAGGGGCUUCAAAAAGGGGCAAUUCAAACUGACUGGUAAAGAUGUGAAACAUGGGAAAUUGGACUUGGAAAUUAUUGUCGAAAUGAACAAGCCGGAGGUCAAACAAUUUUCAAGGCAAUUUUCGGUCAAAGAAGAUACGCUGUAA